GGAGUCCAAACUACUUCAGCUGACAUGAAGGUCUGGAGAUUGUGUCUGUUGUCCAUCGUUCUGCUCCUGAGUCCCUCUCUGGGGGAGGACACAGUGUCAGAAGACAUCGGUGUCCAUCAGCUGGAGCGUUUAACGGAGCUGCUGACGUCGAAGGAGUGCGAGGACCUUCUGCUCGCCCUCUCCCACCCGGAGCAGAACAUCUUCCUGCAGCUCGAGCGCCUCUCGCCAGAAAACAAUCGACUGGAUCUUAAUCCUCGAGACAAGAGAGACGCGUCUUCUGCAGCGGAUCGGGAGGCUCAGUGCCGGGCGGCCCUGACAGACUGGCUGCUGGCGCACGGCGAGCAGACCUACUACGACAGGCUCACUCGCGCCUUGCAGCACAUCGGCAGAACAGACAUUGCCAUCGAAGUGGGGAAGAACAUCAACCAGGACAAAGCCUUGAACCUGAGACGCUUCGUUGAAGACUAUCACAAAUACGUUGAGUCUUUAAAUCUCCCGCAGAAACGAUCAGACACAAAGGACCAGCAGCGCACAGACCAGAGGGUCAGGAGGAGAGUAAGGGAUCUGACGUGGCGGGACCUGGAUCUGAUCGUGGAGCGGGCCCCUGUCGAUGAGUACCAGAAGGGGCCUCUGGACGUGGCUCUGCCCCUCUUGUAUGGCAUCCUGCUGGGCUUCGGAGGCACCUUGCUCUUGGGCGUCUCUGUACUUGUCAUCAUCAUACACUUCUCGUGUAGAAACCAGCAGCGUCUCCCCCGGGUCACCAGCAGCACGCUCGUGGUUGGAGGUGAAACGCUGAACGAUGGAGCGACUGGGAAAUAA